GCAGACGCGGAGCCCGCGGGGGUUCAGGCAGCUAGUUGUUUAAAGUUCAGCCGCGUCAGGGCCGGCCUCGGCCAUGACCACCAAACAAAGCAAAAAGAAAGAGGUGCAUCGCAUCAACUCGGCGCACGGCUCGGAUAAAUCUAAAGAUUUCUCCUCUUCCAGCAGUAAUGUACAACCUGGUUCUGUUGAACAAAGGAAGGGGAAAUUCCCUAUCUGGCCAGAGUGGAGUGAAAGUGACAUAAAUGCAGAAAAGUGGGAUGCAGGCAAAGGUGGAAAAGAAAAGGACAAAACAGGAAAAAGCCCUACAUUUCAUUGUUUUGAAGACCCUGAGGGAAAGAUUGAGUUACCGCCAUCACUGAAAAUUUAUUCCUGGAAACGUCCACAGGAUUUUUUAAUUAGUCGGACUCCCGUAGUUGUGAAAAAUGAAAUUUCAUUUGACUUGUUUUCAAUAAAUGGACAUUUACUCUGCAGUGAGCUGAUGAGAUGGAUUAUCAGCGAAAUCUACGCAGUGUGGAAGAUAUUCAAUGGAGGGAUUUUGAGCAAUUAUUUUAAAGGGACUCCGGGGGAACCUCCUGUUCUCCCCUGGAAGCCCUGGGAACACAUAUACUCUCUGUGCAAGGCUGUGAAGGGCCAUAUGCCUCUGUUCAAUAGCUAUGGAAAGUAUGUUGUAAAACUUUACUGGAUGGGUUGCUGGAGAAAGAUAACUGUUGACGAUUUUCUGCCUUUUGAUGAAGAUAAUAAUCUAUUGCUUCCAGCUACAACCUGUGACUUUGAACUCUGGCCAAUGCUUUUGUCUAAAGCUAUCAUUAAACUGGCAAAUGUUGACAUCCACAUAGCACAGAGGAGAGAACUGGGAGAGUUCACGGUCAUUCACGCUCUCACAGGCUGGCUACCAGAAGUCAUUUCUCUUCACCCAGCAUAUGUGGACAAAGUGUGGGAGCUCCUGAAAGAAAUAUUGCCUGAGUAUAAGCUUCCGGAAGACACCAGUUAUGAAACAGUGGUAGACACCAAAUUAAAAGAAAUAGGGAAAGAGUUGAAGGACUAUAAAGAAGUGAAGGAGGGAAAAGAAGUAAAAGACGGGAAGGAAUUCAAACCUGAAAAUUCCUCUUCGACACUGAAAGUCUCAGAGAAAAGUGAUAAAUUUUCCAAGGAAAAAGCAGAUGCAAAAGACGUUGGGAAGAAGAGGAGUAAAGAUGGAGAAAAGGAAAGGGAUAAGGACAAGUUCAAAUUGUCACUUCAUGGCUCCAGACCCUCAUCAGAUGUGCAAUAUUCUAUGCAGUCCCUGUCAGAUUGUUCUUCAGCAACACAAACCCCUCAAAUGGUCGUAUAUGCUACCUUCACACCUCUCUAUUUGUUUGAAAACAAGAUCUUUGCAUUAGAGAAGAUGGCAGAUUCUGCUGAGAAACUUAGAGAAUAUGGGCUUUCGCACAUCUGUAGCCAUCCCGUGCUGGUAACUAGAAGUAGAUCUUGUCCUCUGGUAGCACCACCAAAGUCACCUCCUAUACCUCCCUGGAAACUCUUUCGUCACAAAAAGGGAACAGUUAUAACAGAUGAACCUCAAGAUCCAGUAAUAAAUGAGCCUGAACAGUUUCUUGAGAUUUCAAGUCCGUUUUUGAAUUACAGAAUGACUCCAUUUACAAUUCCAACAGAAACUCAUUAUGUACGCUCAGUUAUUAAGAAAGGGGCUCCCCCAAGAUCUGGUUUGCCUUCUGUCCUUGAAACUGAUGAAACUGCUAACAUUAGCCAGACAGACUUUACUCAAAUAGCCGGAGCUGUAUCUCAGGGAAAUAUGUCUGCACAAGUUGUACUUGGAAAAGGUAUAGAUGAACAGAUCGAUCUCGGAUUGGGAGAUUCCCACCCAAUUGAUGGAAUUAGUGUGGACAAAGAUUUGAUCAGCCAGAUAACAGAAACACAGGAAAAAUCGCAGGAUGAACUUUCUACCAUAAAUAAUAGUGUUUCUAAAGAAAUAUGGCUAGAUUUUGAAGACUUCUGCAUAUGCUUUCAGAAUAUAUAUAUUUUCCACAAGCCAAAUUCAUAUUGCCUUAACUUUCAAAAAUCAGAAUUCAAGUUCUCAGACGAACGCGUGUGCUACCAUUUAUUUGUGGAUAGUCUAAAACCUAUCGAACUGCUGGUUUGCUUUUCUGCAUUGGUACGCUGGGGGGAAUAUGGAGCCUUAACAAAAGACAGCCCUCCCAUAGAGCCUGGACUUCUAAUGGUCGAAACCAUUUCUUGGAAAUCUCUGAAGCCACGCAAUCUGGUCGUGAAGAUUCACACAUACGCCACCAAGGCUACCAUGGUUCGUCUGCCUGUUGGGAGGCACAUGCUGCUCUUCACUGCCUACUCCCCAGUGGGCCACGCCAUAAACGUCUGCAGCAUGGUGACCUUCGUCAUCGGGGAUGAAGACGUCGUGCUGCCCAACUUUGAGCCGGAGAGCUACCGAUUUACAGAGCAGGCCCUGGUGAUUCUGAAAGCUGUUGGAAACGUGAUUGCUAAUUUCAAAGACAGGGGUAAACUCUCUACAGCUCUGAAGGAUCUCCAGGCAGCUCACUACCCGCUCUCCCUCCACAACAAAGAACUAACUGCACAGCACUUCAGGGUUUUUCAUAUUUCUCUAUGGCGUUUACUAAAAAAAGUUCAAUUAACAAAACCUCCUCCAAACUUCAAAUUUGCAUUCCGUGCCAUGGUUUUGGACUUGGAGUUACUUGAUUCCUCCUUGGAGGAUGCUUCUUUAGUGGAAUGGGUAGACAUUAAAUAUUGUAUGCCAACAACUGAUAAAGAGUAUUCUCCUGAGGAGGUGAUGGCAGCAAUUAAAAUUCAAGCCAUGUGGAGAGGGACUUACGUUAGAUUACUUAUGAAAGCCAGAAUACCAGACACAAAGGAAAAUAUCAGUGUUUCGGAUAUACUUCAAAAAGCUUGGGCGAUACUGGAAAUGAAUUUAGAACAGUAUGCACUUUCUCUCUUAAGACUAAUGUUUAAAAGCAAGUGCAAGUCUAUGGAAUCUUACCCAUGCUAUCAAGAUGAAGAAACUAAGAUUGCCUUUUCUGACUAUAAUGUGACCUAUCAAGAUCAGCCACCAAACACUUGGUUUAUAGUAUUCAGAGAAACAUUUUUGGUUCCUCAAGAUAUGAUUUUGGUUCCCAAAGUAUACACUACCCUUCCAGUCUGUAUGCUACACGUUGUCAAUAACGACACCAUGGAACAAGUACCAAAGAUGUUCCAAAAAGUGAUGCCUUAUUUUUAUACCAAGAAUAAGAAGGGAUACACAUUUGUGGCUGAAGCCUUUACGGGUGAUGCGUAUGUGUCAGGCUCGCGAUGGAAACUGCGCCUCAUCGGUUCUUAUGCCCCCCUCCCAUGCCUCUCUCGGGAGGCUCCAUGCAGCGCCUUCACUACAAAGGAAAUCCGAGACCACUACAUACCCAAUGACAAGAAGAUAUUAUUCAGGUAUUCAGUUAAAGUGGCAGUACCACAAAUAGUUACGAUACAGGUACGCACAUCCAAACCAGACGCAUUCAUCAACCUGCAGGUCCUAGAAAAUGAGGAAAUUAUGGUAAGCUCCAUUGGAAAAGGCUUAGCUGUCAUCCCGGCAUUUAACUUCCUGAGGAGUGAAAAAGCUUUGAGCUCCCAGUCUAGCAAACAAGUGCUUUUAUUUCAUUCUGUAUCCAAGAAAGAACAAGAAGUAUAUGUGAAGAAGAAAUCUACCCAGGGAGGUCAGAAAUCCAAUAAGGGGAGACCUGGAAGCGCAGUACUAGAGACGGGUCUGCCUCUUCUGGAGGAGGAAACCCUCUUCCCGGCUUUCACAGAAGAAAGUUCUAGCACACCACAGCAGAUGUACAAGUAUAUUAUACAGUGUUUCGUGUUGUAUAACAGUUGGCCUCUCACUGAAAGUCAGCUAACAUUUGUUCAAGCACUAAAAGAGUUAGAGAAAAAUGAUACUAAAGCUCAUAGUGAGAAACACGAGGAAUUAGUUACCCUGGGAAGCCCAGAUUCCCAUACAAUUAGUGAGGGGCAGAAAUCUUCAGGAACUUCCAAGACAACCAGGAAAGGCAAAGAAAAGUCUUCUGAGAAAGAAAAGACAGCCAAAGAAAAACAAGCACCUCGCUUUGAGCCUCCGACAUCCACUGUGCACUCGCAACAAGAAGACCCAAAUAAACCCUACUGGACUUUGAGGCUAGUCACCGAACACAGUGAAUCUGAACUAUUAGAAGUAAAAAAAGAUACAGAGCGAGCGGACGAAAUCCGAGCCAUGAAGCAAGCCUGGGAAACAACAGAGCCAGGAAGAGCCACCAAGGCUUCUCAGGCUCGUUUGCGUUACCUCAGCCGGUUCAUUCAGAAGACACCUGAUGUUGAGGCUUUGCCGGUGUCUGAAAGCCAAAUUAAACCCGCGGAGGAAGUUGAAGCACCUGCAAGUGCCGCAAAAGAACCAGAGGCAAAGAAUUCUGUGAGUUCAGAGAGCAAAGAGAUGGCAAUGACAGGGACUAUGGUGUGGAAGAAGUGGCAAAUGUCCAAGGGCUUGAAGGAUCUGGCAAAACCCGUGAGCAGUGACAGUGGAGGAGCGUCCCCGGUGGGCAACGAAGAGCGGGAACCCAGCUCCCGCAAGGAAAACGCCAUGUCUUACUCACGAUCCCCAACUACUUUGGAAGCAUCUUCACAACUUAUUCAAAAAGUACGACAAUCUUUGGAUUUAAGUCAAUUUAUACGGAAAUCAGAUAAGGAGCCUCGGUUGCAAACAGAGGAACUGAAUCAGCAGCAGGCAAUGCAAAAGGCCGAAGAAGUUCACCAGUUUCGCGAGUACAGGACCAGACUUCUCAGCAUUAGAGACAUUGACCAAGAUGAACGGUUGAAGUUAAAGGACGAAAUCCUGGACAUGUAUGGGGAAAUGCGGGAUUCCUUAGAUGAAGCCCGACAGAAGAUCUUCAAUAUCCGGGAAGAGUACAGGAACAAACUGCUGGAAGCUGAGCGCCUGAGGUUGGAAGCCCUGGCCGCUCAGGAAGCUGCCAUUAAGGCCGAGACAGAAAAGAAGAUCCUGGCUGCUGAAGCGCAGAAAAAAAAGAAAGGAAAAAAAAAAUAACCAGGCGAUGCCCAAUACAACACUUCUUCUGGAAAGCAAAGAAGAUAUUUUGAAUAUCACUAGUUGCCUGUUGACAAGAAUAAGAUAUUAGCCAACUGAAAAAAGAAGCUUUUCUGUCUUAGAAAUGUGUAUUUUCUAUAUUUGAAUGAUAACUUGUUAGUUUUUCGCAGAAAGAUAAUAUUUGAAGCCAGUAGAGUAAUGUUCUAAUUUCAAUAAAAUUGUUACCAUGUACUUAGAAUGUAAUAAAAUCUGUGACAUACUCUGAAUUGCCUGCAUUUUUAAUUAGAAGUCAAACAAGAUCAUAAAUGAGUCUACAGGUUUGUUUUUGAAAAAACUCAGCAGUAGCAACAGUUAUUAUAGAAGACAUUUUGUCUUACACUUUAAAGGUUUUAAAACAUUAAUAAAUAUGUUGAUACAUAUGCUUUAAAAUGGAUGCCACCCCCCGUUUUAAGCUGAAUGUCAGUAAACAAUUGAGUAUGAACUAUUCUGGUUCAGUCCACCCAAAGUGUUCCUCCAUUUGCUUUUGUCUUCUAACAGUGUUCCCUUACUUUGAAGCCUACUCUUGGGGAUAUUUCUGAGAGUUUCAAGUAGAAUUUUGUAGAUUGUAGGGUCAUGUGGUAGUUUUUUGGGUUUUCAUCAGUGUCAAUCACAUAGACCUAAAUGCUGAACUAAUAGUGCCAACUUGUCUGCAUUUAGACCACAGCUAACACUCCUCUUCAUGGAAAUUUUUUGUCAUACAGUUUUGCUAGCAAUUUAUCUAAGUUUUGUUUUGUUUUUUAGGAGGGGAUAUGUAUAUAUGUGUAUGUGUUUGAUUUGCUAUCACAAUUGGAUUUAUAGUUUCAGGAAGAGUUUUAUGGACAAUCAAAACUAUGAUGCCACCAUUAUUCUACCACUGGAAGUGUGUUAUUGAUUUCUAAUUUUACUUGCUUAUAAAUAACGACUAUAUGGUCGUUAGAAGUUUUACUUUUCAAAAUUUUGUAAAUGUUAGGCUUUUCUUAAAUUAACAAAAUUUGAUCUUUUUUUUUUAAAGUGCUUAAAAAUAUGGAACGCUUCACGAAUUUGUGUGUCAUCCUUGCACAGGGGCCAUGCUAAUCUUCUCUGUAUCGUUCCAAUUUUAGUAUAUGUGCUGCUGAAGUGAGCACCAGAAUUUAAUCUUUUAUGUGGUUUCACAGAAAAUUAUAUAUAAAUUUUCCAAGUUUAUUUUAGUUUAAUAUAGUACUUGUUUAGUUACUUCAUAUUUUUAUUUAGUUUUAAUUCAUUUGUCACUUCACUUGUCUGGUGAUCUGACAGGUAUGUGGUAGAAUUCAACUAUAUUUUUUCCUUAAACUCUCUUGUAUUUUGAGUAUGCUUCCAGCUGUGCUAUAAUUCAAGAAUAUAUUAAGCUAAAAGUAAUGAAAAGGUCAACUAGCUUUGCUCAACUAAAUUUAAAGAUGAUUAUCUUACUUGAUAAAAAGUUAACACCUCAAAAUUUAGGGCAAACAUGCCUUUUCUUUAUCAUCACAAGAUGACUAUUGCAGCUCCAAUGAAGACAUGUCCAAGAGUAUUCACAGCAGCACAAUUGUAAUAUCAAAAAACUGUAGAAAACUCAAAUUUCCAUUUAUGGGGCAAUAGUACAUCAACAUCUUGUGGUAUUUUUUAUAUGAUGGAAUACUAUGAAUAUGC